UCUCUAUUCAUCAUUGGCGUGAAUCGCAGUGGGAUUCUUCUCUAACGAGCUCUGCUGUCCUCGCUGCGCGGAUUUGUCCCGGGGCGCCCCGACCACUCCACGCAUCACCGGCGGCGCGCAAUGGACCUUUAACAGAUGAAAGAGGACUGCGCAAUUGCCGUCUUUAUGUAAUAAAAAAAGAAUACAGAGGCGCGUUUUUCUUCAGUCUGUGUUUCCCAGGGAGCAUCAAUGGUGCGUGAUGACGGUCACUUACACCGCCAGAGUUGCCAAUGCGCGUUUCUGCGGCUUCUCCAAACUCCUCCUGGCGUGGAAGGGAAGCAUCUAUAAAGUCCUUUACAAGGAGUUUCUGGCCUUCUUCGCCAUGUACACGGCAAUCAGCAUCACUUACAGAUUUCUUCUGGUGGAUGAUCAGAAGAGAUAUUUUGAAAGGCUUUCCAUAUACUGCAACAACUAUGCCAGUCUUAUCCCAAUGUCUUUUGUAUUAGGUUUUUACGUGACGUUAAUAGUCAACCGAUGGUGGAAUCAGUACACCUCGAUCCCGCUGCCGGACAGGAUCAUGUGUACGCUCUCGGGGGGAGUGCAGGGCGGGGACGAGCGCGGCAGAUUGCUGCGACGCACGCUGAUGCGCUACACGAGUCUGUCUGCGAUUCUGAUCCUGCGCUCCGUCAGCACAGCCGUGUUCAAAAGAUUCCCCACUAUGGAUCACGUGGUUGAAGCAGGUUUUAUGACAAGAGAGGAGCGUAAGAAGUUUGAGAGUUUGCACUCACGCUAUAAUAAGUAUUGGGUCCCUUGUGUGUGGUUCAUUAACCUGGCUGCAGUCGCUCGCUGUGAGGGCAGAGUUAAAGAUGAUAAUACUUACAAACUCCUCAUUGAGGAGUUGAACGAUUUCCGAGGGAAGUGCAGCAUGCUUUUUCACUAUGACAUGAUCAGUGUACCAUUGGUUUACACACAGGUUGUGACUCUGGCAGUGUACAGUUUCUUCCUGGUGUGUUUGAUUGGAUGUCAGUUUCUAGACCCUAGCCAGGGUCAUCCAGGUCAUGACCUUGACCUUUAUGUUCCCGUCUUUACCCUUCUGCAGUUCUUUUUCUAUGCUGGCUGGCUGAAGGUUGCAGAGCAGCUCAUAAAUCCAUUUGGAGAGGAUGAUGAUGAUUUUGAGACCAACUGGCUGAUUGAUCGAAACUUCCAGGUGUCUAUGAUGGCAGUAGAUGAGAUGUAUGGAGAUCUGCCAAUGAUGGAGAGGGAUCGAUACUGGAAUGACUCGAACCCUCGUCCGCCCUACACAGCUGCUACACUGUUCGUGCUGCGCAAACCCUCUUUCCAGGGCUCCACUUUUGAUAUGGCAAUUCCUAAAGAAGAGAUGAAUUUCCAGCCUCUGGAGGAGAUCGCCGAGAACCUGGAGGAAUCUGUGAAACGAAAUGGCAACCUUGCUCUCUUCAACCGAUUGCUCAGCUCCGCCCCCUCUCCCACAGGCUUCAUGGGCGGAGCUUUGCGGCGCACCUCCGCCCAGCUCCAAAGAUUGACACGUCCUCUCAGCCCGGAUCCUUCCUUCUCUGAUGAAGAGGCGGAGAGAGAGGAGAGCAUGAGGAGAAGUGAAGGAAAGGUUGGUUCGACGCCUUCCGUACUCGGAUUAGACACCACCCAGAGCACCAUCUGCAGCUGUGGAGGACUUAUUAACACCCACCCGCCACUGUCGGUUGUGGAGUUCAACAAACAAGAACAUGAAGAGGAGAGAGAGCAGAGCUGCUUUAAGAAUAAUGAAGAAGAGAACAAAGGUGCAAUGAUUUCAGAGAAAGAAUCACUUGUGCCAAAAAUACCACCACCUACAUUGCAGACGUCAACAGGGAGGAACCAGCAAAGACAGCAUCAGCCGCCCACAACAGACCCACAAAGUCUUCUCGCUCUGGACCAAGGGAUGCCUCACCUCUCCACUUCAGGUCCCAACAAUUGCUCUGUGCCUGACUUUUUCUCCUUUCAGCUUAUUAAUGACCAGGCAGAGGUUAUGACACCAAAUGCAAAAGCAGAAUCUGGUGUGUCUUUACUAAGUCUUCAGUCACUUGAGGUGUUGGCAAUAUCUGAUGAUUUUGAGAGAGCGGAUGGUGGCAGAUUAAAAAUGAUCACCCUCAAUAUCUGACGAUUUUGAGAGAGAGCGGAUGGUGGCAUUGAUCACCCUCCAAUGAUAAAACUCAAUGGCUAAAUGUUGGGUCAGGUCAACGGGUCAGUCAGUAAGAUUGUGACACAAAAGUUGAUCUUUUUGUCCACUUUGUCUUCCCUAGAGUAAAAAAAACAUAUAUUUAUGUACACUAAGAGUUUGAACAAAUCUAGACAAACUUUUUAUAGAAAUAAUAUUAUAUAUUAUAUAAAUAUAUUAUAAAUAUAUUUUAUAUAUAUAAAAUCCAGUUUAAUCAAAAGUCUACUAUGUAAAGUAGAUGUGUCCCUACUUUUGUUGGGUAGUGUAUAUAAAAUACAACUAUAUCGGCUGUUUUGCAAUGCAAAACUUGUCCGAUUAUUUGAAUGAAGCUAUUUUUUUAAAUAAUCUUAAAAGAAAAUAGUUUUAAAAAAUGACAGGAAAAAUGUCAGUAAUCAGCACUGAAUGUUUAGAGUUUUGUAUAUUCUUGCAUUUUUUUAUUUUCAUGUCCAGAUAAAAUAGAGUAACAUGUACACUAAUAAGUGCAACUGAUCAUUUAAAAAAAAUAUAUAGCUUUAUUAGUUUGAAAUAUAACAAUAAGAUAAUUAUAGGGAAAUGUAACAAAUAUAAUGUAAUGUUCUGAUCAAUAUUAAUCCUCACAUCUUUACCAACCCUGACUUAAAUUGUACACAACCUAUCCAUAGGGGGCAGUAUUGCAUCAUUUUAACACCGUGUCUACACCGGAUGCGACGAGACAAGAGACAAUAGAACGAAUUAGAACCCAUUAUAAUUAUAAAAUUUGUCCACACCGGACGCGACAAUUCCAUUAGAACAAGCCACGUGUCACGUCGCGUCCGGUGUAGACACGGUGUAAGGCUUGGUACUCUGGUGGACCAGCUAUUCGAAUAGAAAGAACUAUACUGUAAACAACAUUGUUUUUAAACAUAAUGCACUUUCUUGACAUUAAACAGUGAUUUUUAUGUACUUCAUAAUGUGUCAUUUAUUAAAGCUUAAAAUGACGAACGUGUUCUAAUGAAUGUGUAAGGAUUGGGUAUUUUUUAUAAAUUGGUUAGCUG